AGUUUGUAAGGGCAAGAUGUCUCGCGUAAACUGCAUCGUGACCGAACGUGAGGAACAUGGAACUGAGAGUGAAGGACCUGAGCAGUGUUGUAGGGAGUGCCAAAUUUUUAAUUUGAGGAACUGAGUGGGAGUGGGGAGAGCGGCAGCGAGCCGCCAUACGCGCGGUGCGCAGGGAGCUGGCGUCCGAGCGCGUGCUGGCGCACUUCGAGCCCAGCGCGCAGCUGGUGCUCAGCGCCGACGCCGGCCCGGGCGGCCUCGGCGCUCUGCUGGCGCAGAGGACCGCCGACGGCCAGGAGAGACCGCUGGCGUUCGCAUCCCGCUCCCUCACCUCCAGCGAACGUAACUAUAGUCAAAUUCAGAAAGAGGCAGCAGCGUUGAUAUUCGCUGUAAAGCGUUUUCAUCAAUACCUAUACGGCCGGAGUGAGCCAUUUAUUCUAAAAACUGACCAUAGACCAUUAGUUUCGAUUUUCAAUCCUAAAAACGGAAUAUCAGCAACGACAGCGCUACGUCUUCAGAGGUACGCUAUUAUACUAUCUGCAUAUAACUAUACUGUGCAAUAUAUUUCUAGUAGUAACAAUUUAGUAGCAGAUUAUUUCUCCCGCGCGCCCGUAGCGGACAUGUGCAGUGAUAGCGAUAAGGAAUUCGAUUCAUUAUGUGCACUAAAUUUUUUAGAUUCGGUAUCUUCGGCGGUAACUGCGCAAGAAAUUAAAAAAGCUACCGAAGCCGAUUCAAUUCUUAAAACGGUAAUUAAAUAUAUGAACAAGGGUUGGCCGCGUAAAAUUAAAUGUAAAUCGGUCCAACCUUAUUAUAAUUGCAGAAGUGAUUUACAAUUCGAAAAUGGAUCUUUAUUACGAGGGCAUAAGGUCGUAAUUCCAUUAUCACUUAGAGAUCGCAUGUUAAAUGAAUUGCAUAACACGCACUUAGGUAUAGUUAAAAUGAAAUGCAACGCGCGCAGUAGGAUGUGGUGGCCGGGUAUCGACCACGAUAUCGAGCGCUGCGCGGGCGCCUGCAUGGCCUGCGUGGCGCUGCGGCCGGCGCCCCCGCGGGAGCCGCCGGCGCCGUGGCCGCGCGCGCCCCACCCCUGGCACCGGGUACACAUCGACUAUAUGACGAUAGGGCAAAAGGUAUACUUAAUUGUAGUCGAUUCGUAUAGUAAAUGGGUGGAUUGUAUAUUUAUGCAAAAUGGUACUAGCACACAAUCGUUAAUAGCAAAAUUAAAGUACAUUUUCUCUUUAUUCGGUUUACCUAAAGUUUUAGUAUCCGAUAAUGAUGUGAAAAUUCAUUGCGCCGAAUUUAAGUCAUUUUGUUCUAACAAUGGUAUAAAAUAUAUGAAUUCGCCAGUAUAUCACGCAAAUAGCAACGGCCAGGCUGAAAACUCGGUGCGCACGUGUAAAAGAAUGCUAAAAUACAUAUUAAGGGAAAAUAUAUCAUCAAUGUACGACAUACAUGAGAAAUUGUUAAAUUACUUGUUUGUAUAUAGGAAUACUGUGCACUGUACUACCGGUGAAACGCCGGCUAAACUUAUGUUCGGCCGGGAGCUAAGAACUCGCCUCGAUUUAAUAAUACCUACAGACAGUAGUAAUACUGCCGACGCGGAAGAUAACAGUAUAGCAACAGCUGUUUGCACGCAUAGGCGAAUAUUUCAAGUAAAUGAAAAAGUUUGGGCCCGUUGGUACAGUGCAAGGAAGGAAACUUGGGAGUUAGGUAUAAUUAAACAAAAAAUAGGAAAUAAAAUGUUUCAAGUAUAUGUAAGCAAAUACGAUUCGUUAUGUAUAAGGCAUGUAGAUCAACUUCUGAAAUAUAAAGGUAAACACCUUGAUAAUUUGAUUCAAGGGGAGAAUAAUGUUAAAUAA